AUGGCAGAGAUCCAGCAGCCCAAGUCGGCAACGACAAUCUUUCUGGAUCAACCGCCCAGCUGUCUCGAGUUCUGCCCCGAAAUCCCAGAUCACUUCAUUGUGGGCACCUACCUCCUCUCAGAAACCAAGACUGAAGACGACGAGGUUCAGCAAACGAAAACCGGCAGCGUGCAGAUGUGGAGAUUAGAUCCUAACACAAAUGACCUGUCAUUGGUACAAAAAGUAUCCCUUCCAUAUGCGGUCUUCGAUCUGCACUUCCACCCAAGAGAUAAAAGCAAAUUCGCCAUUGCAAGCAGCACAGGCUGCAUUUCUCUUUUUAGCGUAUCUACUACACAGCCAGGCAUCCAUCAAUUGUGGACAAGGCAAGUCCACGAUGAUGCUUCUAUCCCGGCUCUCUUCUUUGCCUGGGCCCCUGAGAACUGGUUCUCCCAAACGAAUGCCGAUGGCUUUGCCGUGACGUUCUCAGAUAGUCGAACGGCUGUCUUUGAGACCACCAAAGGUAUCACGGACGAAAGCGCCAUUACUGAAUGUGGUUCUUUCGAGGCACGGCAAAUGAUCGAAGUAUGGUUCGUUGCACUGGCUGCGAUGCAGGUUUUUGAGAACGCUGAAUCCAAGCAGGAUACUAUCCCCUUUAUGUUUACUGGAAAUGACUUUGGGUCUCUUCACACACGUCGAUUCGAGUCUCACAAUACCAAAGAGCAAGACGACGAUGAACCGCUCGCAAAUUUACUCCUCGAGCACGAUGAUCGAGCCCGUCACCACACUGCUGGUGUAACAUCUAUUCUUCCUCUACCGGUGUCUCUUGUGGACGAUGCUCCAAUCUUAUUGACUGGUAGCUAUGAUGAAGGACUGCGCGUGUACCAUGCUACUCGACGGGGCGAAGUUCUUGCUGAGCAGGGUCUUGGUGGUGGUGUCUGGCGGCUGCAACUGCUCGAGACGAAGGAAUCUGGCUCGGACCGACACUUGUUGGUGCUAGCUAGCUGCAUGCAUGCUGGCACGAGGAUCGUAAAAGUCAGUCAGAAACAGCGGGAUGAAACUGUGGAAUGGGGAAUUGAGGUGUUGGCAGAGUUUACAGAGCACGAGAGUAUGAACUACGCGAGCGAUGUGUGGAAGGGCUCGACAUCAUCUGAACUGCUUUGUGUUUCGAGCAGUUUCUACGAUCGUCGUAUUUGCGUGUGGAGGGCCAAUGUAUAA